CCCAUGUCCGGAUGUCGGACUCCCCAGCUUCCUCGCCGAUGAGUCCGGAUGUUCUACCCAGGUUGGCCGCCCAAACCGGACGCUGGGCCGUAAUUCGGGAUAAACAGUAACGCUUCGGUUAAUUUCCGUUUGAAUCGCAGACGUAUAGGCAUUUGAACAGGGCUUCCUCGGUCAUAAUGUGGAUCUUACUGAGGACAAUUCGGCCGGCUCUCCCUGUAUCUAUCGAUCUCCUUUACGAUACGAUAUGGCCACCAGAGCUCCCGCGACUUCGAAGUGGCAACCGGGCGCUGAUGAGGCUGUUCUAGCUAAGCUAGGAUACAAGCAGGAGUUUCGUAGGGAAUUUAGUCCAUUAGAGGUGUCUGGACUUGCAUUCAGCUAUACAGGAGUGCUCCCUGGUAUAGCCUCCGUGCUCUUUUAUGCCAUACCAAAUGGUGGGCCUGUCGCUAUGGUUUGGGGGUGGGCAUUUGUGGGACCUUUUAUUAUGUGCAUCGGGCUGGCAAUGGCGGAGCUCGCGUCAGCAGCGCCUACUUCUGGAGGUCUAUAUUAUUGGACUUACUCACUCGCUUCUCCGCGCUGCCGGUGUUUUCUGUCGUGGAUAGUUGGCUAUUCGAAUACCAUACAGACUAUCACGGGAGUCGCUUCCGUAAAUUGGGCUUGUGCAAUCCAAAUUGCAGCAGCAAUCAGUAUUGCCACUGACCAGACGUAUGUAACUACUAACAAGCAGCUCUACGGUAUAUACGCAGCUUUAGUCUUGUCACAUGCCGUCCUCGUGAGCCUCGGUACUAAAGUCUUGGCAAGACUGCAGCGAAUAUACACGUUUGUAAAUUUGUGCCUCUGCUUCAUAGUCAUUAUCGCGCUUCCGAUCGCAACACCACCAGAAUACCGAAACAGCGCAAGUUUUGCGCUAGGGGAUUUCACAAACUUGGCUGGCUGGCCAUCUGGAUUCGCGUUUAUUUUGAGCUUUAUGGCUCCUCUUUAUUCAAUAGGGGGUUAUGAUGCUAGCGUCCAUAUGAGUGAGGAGGCCUCAAACGCUGCCACUGCGAUACCAUGGGCAAUAAUUAGUUCUAUUGGCGUGUCGGUUGUCCUUGGUUGGGGAAUCAACGUCUCCCUUGCCUUUUGCAUGGGCACCGACCUCGAAAGCAUCUUAAAUAGCCCUAUCGGCCAGCCUAUGGCGCAGAUCCUGUAUAAUUCGCUUGGGAAGAAGGGAGCCUUGGCUCUGUGGUGUCUCAUUAUUUCAACGCUGUACAUAGUGGCAUCGAACUCCCUCCUGGUCGGCUCUCGCCAGACAUUUGCAUUUGCUCGUGAUGGAGCUCUCCCAUUUUCACGAUAUCUGUACCGGAUCAAUCGCUACACUCAAACACCCGUUAAUACAGUUUGGUUCGAUUCUAUCUUUGUUAUAGUAAUUGGACUUCUUGCGUUCGUGAGCACCGCGGCCAUCAAUGCGGUAUUCACGAUUGGUCUCACUGCAUCAUAUGUCUCGUUCAUAACGCCGAUCGCAACCCGCUUUGCGUUCAAGAACGACUUUAAACCCGGCCCAUUUCAUCUUGGGAAACUCAGCUUUCCAAUCGCAGCGAUAGCAGUCUCGUCGAUGGUCUUCAUGAUCGUCGUUUUCUCCUUUCCUUCGACCCCGCAAACGACUGCACAAGAGAUGAACUAUACAGCUGUGGUCCUUGGAGGGUACAUGGCCCUUGCUAUUUCCUGGUAUUAUUGCCCGGUGUACGGAGGCGUGUAUUGGUUCAAUGGACCCGUAGCCAACCUUACACCGGUCAUCGAAGGUGCACGCAGAGACGAGAAUUCCAUGUUGGAGAAGGAACAACGUGAUGCAGAACUCUCUGUCUCAGUGGUGGAUGUAUAAGUUAUGUCUACAAUGGAUGUAUGGAUGUACGUCAGUCUCGGAUAGGGGACUGAGGAAAGGCAGUGAUGAGUACUGGGUGAGUGUAGCGUCAAUAACUGGAAUUAUAUAUACAGUAAAUAAGCUCAUGGACGAGCAUUGUAGCCUCGACUUGUGGUCUAUAUCUAACAUGCAGGCAGAGAGGCACAGCUAUAGUCGAAAAUCAGUCACAAGUCUGUAAUAUCUAGUAGGUCGAGACGAUCCGCGCCUGAUGGUGUUUGGAUCGGGGCAAAAACCAUUCCAGAAGCAACUGGCCAGAUUAGAACAUCAUCCGGCAAUUCGUUCGUUGCUCGCAGAUUGAACAGGAUGCGUGAGGCAAGAACGCUCUGCAGAACUAGCUGCGGGCUGUGAAAAGAGAAGCAUAUGAUAG